AUGGACGCAUAUCCAGAAGCCAAAGUCGUACUGGUCAACCGAGAUGUUGACAGCUGGGCCAACUCCUUCCUGUCCGUGGCUGUCACGAAAGGCGCAUUUACCUUCGCAAGCAAUGUCAUCAUUGCGAUGGAGCCAUUUCUACCGAAGAGUACUUACACUGCAACGAUGGUGCAGAAACAACUACUUGGCUACUUCAAAGCAUCCGACGCCAAAGGGAUAGAGCAAAAUGCCCGGCUAAUCAUCCGACAGCACUACCAGGACAUUCGAGACGCGUGCGCAUCCACACCUGGUAGGCUGCUGGGGAUGAAGAUCGAAGAAGGCCGGACUCCCCUCUGCAGGUUCCUCUACCUGCCAGUACCAAGUGUGCCCGUUCCGAGCACAAACGAGAUAGCAAUACAGCAAGCCAAGAUAUCGGAGCAUAGGGGCGAAAAGCUUCGCGAAGGAGCUCUGGCUCUUCUCACUUACCUCGCAAUCCCCCUGAUGGCUGGUGCUGUUGGCUGGUGGUACUUCACUUCGAAAAGCUAA